UGUCAGUUUUUUCGCUAUCGCGGACGACAUGGAUACCAAGUGUAGUGCUCAUAUCAUCGGCCUGAUUGCUCUGUGCCACGUGCUCGACAUCGCGCACGCUGGAUCUUAUCUAACUCUGGGGAUCAACGAAUGUUUCGAGAGGGUGUCGAUCGGUAAGCGUCUCAACGAAUCUGACGUGACCAAGACUGUAAGUACCAGUAACCUGGUACAAUGCAGUAUAGAAUGCGAACGGAAUCUAUGCAACGCUUACAGCUUUGGAUUAACCAUAAACGGCAAUGGUACAUGUUUAUUGGCAGCGGACUUACCGAAAUCAGGACUGUACGAUGACCCGGAAUAUGAUCUAUUCAUGAAAAUACUACAAUGUCGAGACAGAACAAUGUGUUUCACAAAACUCGUGGGUGGACGUCGUUUGACCGACAAAUACGUUCAGAGAACUUUGCCAGUCGAAUCGAAACGCGAUUGCGAGAUGUUUUGUGAAUAUGAAAAGGAAUUUCGUUGCGAGGGAUUCAACUACAGAUACGACACAAAGCUGAGCUCGUACAGUAGUUGCCAGUUGACAGCGGUGCCUACGGCAAAGUUAGACUUGUCUUUGGACUUCUUUUCGGACGUGGACUACGACUUUUACGAAAAAAAUGUCAACGUCUCGCCAAUCUGCCGGUACUUGGACUUGGCCGGACCGGUCAGCUACGGCCAGAACCGUAAAUGGGGUUUUGGUGGUAACGACCAGGAAUUGACCUUGUGGCGAGAUCCCAAUCCCACGUGGAUUCAGAGAAACGAUGUAGGCGGAGGAUAUGGAAACGAUCCAGUGUACUAUGACCGUGGAUCUGUUUCCCCCACACUUGGUGGUCCUAAUAUAAACCCCUUCAAUAACUUUAACCCGACCAUGUCGCCUGGACCGGACCGACAGCCAACGUCUCCUUUUGAGUGUUUUAUCAAAGCCAGGACUGGACAUCAUUUGCAGAGGAACAAUAUAAUAAAAUCGUUAAACGCGCAAUCGCUUUACAACUGUGAAACCAUUUGUGCCAGUGAACAAACAUUCGUUUGUAAUCUUUUUAGCUACAGGUACAGCUUUACUUCUUCUAUGGACAACUGUCACUUGGGAGACAAGUUCAUAAGACAACUAGAUAUUUACCAAGACUUGGUGCCGGACAGAGAUAGCGAUGUGUUCGUUAGGAACGAGCUUAGUCAACCCGGAUGUCAACCGAGGAGAAAUUGGGACACUGACUGUUUUGAACGCAUUCGCAGCGGUCUCACCAUUCAAAUUGCCAUCAUCAAAUUUUCAGUACAAGCGGAAAACUUACACGAAUGUGAGCUGAUGUGUCUUCACAUAAAGCAUUUCACGUGCAGAGUGUUUAGCUUUCGACGAACGUCUGCUGUUAUCGGCAAGUGGGCCGACAAUUGUUUCUUGACAGACUACCCUGUAAUGGACAUGGAUCCGACCAAACACUUCAUCGAGGAUGCCGGAUGCGAUAUAUAUAACCGAGGUAGCUUCGGAAGGGGUUGCGAACUGGACAAGACACUGCCGGGCUUGUGGCCUACAUCUUCACCGCCUAUACUUACAACGUACAGGCCGACUUACGGCCAACUGCCUCCACAGGGUCCACCGCAGUUUGUUCCAGGUUACGGUCCUCCCCUAGAUUCUGGUUACGGUCCGCCAAAUUUCCCCAUUGGACCGACCGUACCACCUCCUUUUAGCCCGACUACUCCUACAAUGUUCACGCCGACUAAGCCGACCGGUACUUACGUUCCUUCACAACCACCCACUACGUUCUUCCAGAUGCCAAAUGAGUACACACCUGUGUCCGGUCGGCCCCAAGACAGACAGCCCUAUCCAGACAUAUCCAUUGGCGGCAGUGGCGGUGGUGGCGGUGGUGGUAACCCUUACGGACAAAACCCUCAGGUCCCACAAUUCUACGGACCUGUGACAAAACUGUGCUAUAUUAGUUUUGGUGGUACGGCAAGACUGUUGCCACCGGCUAUUAGAAAAUCCAUGACGGUCGAUUCGGAAAUGCAAUGCAAAAUGGAAUGCAACAACGCCCGAGAAAAAUCGUAUUUCCGGUGUUCUACGCUCAGCUACUUUGGUGGUUAUUGCGAUAUGAGCGACAUCGAAAUGAGAGACCUGAGGCCUAAUCAGGACUUCAGCGAAGACCAGCGGUUCUUGUUGUUCACGUGGGACUUCAACGAAAUUCAAUGUUACGUUUCUCCAGUUGGCAAGCUCCCACGGCCCGGUGCUCAGCCUGGUGUGAAUGAAUGGACUUGGAUGAGGUUCACAGUCAACGGGCAGCCGUGCAAAUCUGGUUCCUACUGUACUCAAAACGCAGUAAUGGGCAUAUGGUCGUGUCCGGUCGAUCAAGGAGGAUGGGAUUACUGCUGCAGACCCGAUCACCGGUGCGGUUAUUCCGAAGGAAUCAGCUAUCCUUGGUGUUACGUGGGCAAAACUACCGAACAGUGGCGACCCUGCAGCGACCAGUAUUACCCGUCGGCGGACCAUCCGGUGAGUUGGCCGGUGAAUUACAUACACAACACGGGCCCUCCGAUCGGUAACGAUGCGUCUUUGGCCAGGUCAAACGACACAACACUGCCGGCCGCUUCUAAGUCGAUAGUCGAUCAGUUCCUGUCGAUAUUCACGUCAGAUGAUGGCAAGACCACUAACUUGACGGAACAAGCUAACAGCAGCAUCACAGCCGACAAGACUUCAGCCUCUUUGACAGCGGCCAGCGACGUGCCCGCGUUUCAGGUUGUCGAUGUAACCGACAGCAAAGCUACCAAGUCGGAGACGAUCAGACUGUAUUCGUACGGUGACCGCAAUAGCGCCAGUGGACUACUCAAAAGAAGGCCGUACGUCUGAGUCGGAUACGACCCUUAGAACAGUGUUGUACAUAUAGACAAACAAAAAAUAAUACCAUUUACGAUUAAGUAUUUCCUCUUAGAAUAUUAUUAGCACGGUAUUGACAACAUGGCAAUAUGUUUAAUACUAUAUUAUUAUUAUUAUUAUUAUUGUGUCGACGUUGUCGUCGGUGGCGUAACGAAUUGUACCUGGGGAGA